AUGACUGCUAAAAAAUUAAAAGCAAGCAUCCGUGGAUACGUUGAAGCUGAUGAACAUGAUGAAUAUAUAAAGUCUAAACCGUCAAGCAAAAAGCAUAAAGAAAAAUUCGAGACUGAUGAACAAGAAGAACAUAUAAAGUCUAAAUCGUCAAGUGAAAAAGGCAAAGAAAAAUCCGAACUUGAUGGACAAGACCUGGAACUGAUGGCCGAAAUUAAUAGUCAAGGGGAAACUGAAACUGAUGAUCAAGGUGAACCGUUGAAACGCGCUUUAAAAAGUCGAAAACUCAAAGUUGAACAGGCUAAAAUUGACAAAAAAAGUUUACAAAUUAAAUAUUAUAAAGGUAGUUGA